AUGAAUGGCUACGGCUACCCCAGUGAGAAGCAUCACCACCAUGAGUUAGACGAGGACCCCUUCGCGCCCAAGUCGGGCAAGAUUUUCCAAGCGUUCGAUGCCUUUCCCAAAACCAAAUCCCAAUACACCACUCGCACCUCCGGCGGCGGUAAAUGGACCGUCGCCAUGUCCUUGAUUGCGCUCAUCCUCUUCUGGGCUGAGCUCUCACGCUGGUGGCGCGGUACCGAAGAGCACACCUUCGCGGUAGAAAAGGGCGUCGCCCGCACCCUCGACAUCAACUUAGACAUCGUGGUGCGCAUGCGUUGCGCCGACCUGCAUGUCAACGUACAGGAUGCUGCGGGCGACAGGAUCUUAGCGGCCGAGCGACUUACACGCGAUCCGACGAUGUGGGUGCAAUGGGUGGAUGGCAAGGGCGUGCAUCGGUUGGGGAGGGAUGUGCAGGGGAGGGUUGUGACCGGGGAAGGGUGGGUCGAGGAUGAGGGGUUCGGCGAGGAACAUGUGCAUGAUAUUGUUGCGUUGGGGAGGAAAAAAGCGAAGUGGGCUAAGACGCCGAAGCUGCCACCCAGGGGAGGGCAGGCGGAUAGUUGUCGCAUUUAUGGGAGUUUGGAGUUGAAUAAGGUGCAGGGGGAUUUUCAUAUUACGGCUAGGGGGCAUGGGUAUUUGGAGGGGGGGAAUGCGCAGCAUUUGGAUCAUAGUGCCUUCAACUUCUCGCACAUCAUCUCUGAGCUCUCCUUCGGUCCUUUCCUCCCCUCCCUGUCAAAUCCCCUCGACCGCACCGUCAACCUGGCCAGCCACCACUUCCAUCGCUUCCAGUACUUCCUCUCCAUCGUCCCAACGACCUACAGUGUCGGUCGCCCCGGCGAGAUGGGCUCGCAGUCGAUCUUCACCAACCAAUACGCCGUCACGGAGCAGAGCCACCCUGUCUCGGAGAGGAACAUCCCGGGCAUUUUCUUUAAGUAUGAUAUUGAGCCAAUUCUGCUGAAUAUCGUUGAGACGCGGGAUAGCGUUUUCAAGUUUUUGGUCAAGGUGGUGAAUAUUGUUAGUGGUGUACUGGUUGCAGGCCACUGGGGGUACAGGUUGACGGAUUGGUUCCAGGAAGUGAUUGGGAAGAGGAGGGCGAGACGGAGCGAGGGCGUGCUUGGGGCGAAGGGAGAUGAUGACGAGUGA